UAACCAUUUCUGCUGUCAGUAGCAAGAUGAAUUUGUCCUAAUACAUAUUUAGAGGCAUCAUUCCUCUUUCAGUCGGACACUAAACCGACCAGAGGCUGUUACAUAUCUUCACAUACACACAGAUAGUCCUGCGGCAACACAGAUGUCAAGAAAUCCUUGAGGUUUCUCCCCUGUGCUUGUACAACAGUGUUGUUACAUAACUCAGCAAGACGUCUUUUUUCUCUUUUUUGCUGCAUUGAGAAUACAGCUGCGUUAAAUCCCCUCCUUAGAUAGGUUAUUGUGUUUGUGUAUAUACAUAUAUAAGCAGAUGGACCGUAGGCUGUAAGCUGCUUAACCCUGCACUGACUCAGGACACAUGCACUUUCUCCGUUCCCCAAGAGAAAUAGAGAAACUGUGAUCAACACUUUUUGGGUUUAAAAGGUGUGAGGGAGGAAGAUGCCAGUUUAAGUUUUUAAUAGGCAGAGAAAUAGGAUUACGUUUAGGGGAGACACUGCAGGUGGAUAGGGUCAAAACAAAACUAAUAGAUAACACCAUGAAACAUUCCCAGUUGAUAACCUUACAAUAUUUAUUUUUGUAUUUAAAAUGAUUGUUUAAAUAUGCCAAUGAUGCAUUAUCACAUUAGGAGAAACAAAAACGUUUUUUUUUUUUUAAAUGACAUUUUCUUUUUACUAGUCUGAAAAGUGACCGCAGUGUGUUUGUAAACAGUGAUCAGCUGGAUGGAGAAAUAUGUUCCACCACCUUUGUCCACAUCUGGCAUUCAGUAUUUCGUAAAAACUGAGGGAUGAGUUACCAAACACGUAAGGAGACAUAAAAUCUCUCUGGUGGCCGAACUCCACUUCCCAUCCCUUGUGAGUUCUGAACAUUUUCAGCUGUUCCCCGUUGUUUAAUCUUCGUCAGCCUGUCCGCGGCUGUGAUCCGUCCGGAACAAAGCGCAGGUUUAUUCCUGAUCUAAUCUCCUGCGUUCGGCCCUUCCCUUCAGCAGUCCUCAUGCUGCAGUCAAUGGAGGAAGUAUCCAGCGCAACAUGAAAGGACUAUCACUGUGUGUUUUUGCCAUAAUGAUGUUACCACCUGCUAAAGGCGAGGAGAAGGCGGGGGUGCAGCUCUUUGAGUCGGACGCAUUUGAGGAAGGGGUACUUCUCGAGUGUUUCCGUUGCGACCUGGGCUUCUGGGACGCCUGCUUUACGACCAAAACGACCUGCGAGGCCGGGGAGCGCUGCUACACGGGCAAAGGGAAGGCAGCUGAUACUCUGGACGUUAAGACUCUGGGUUGUGUGAAGGCGGAGGAGUGCGAUGUGGAGAACACGGUGGAGCUCUUCCCGAACAGCACCAUCUUUGUCAUGACCAAACACUGCUGCAACACUCCUCUGUGCAACUCGGCGCACAAACUUCCACACGUCACACUUUUGUGUCUCACUGUGGCUGUCCUAACCACCUGGCACCUCAGCGAAGCCUCAACGAGAGCACAGUGAUAAACAUCCGGCAUGUUUUAAUGUU